UUUAUUUUUCCAGGGAUUUUUUACACUAUGUCUGUGAGCUAAUGGUUGAAAAGACACACAUAAAAUGUUUGACAGGAGUACAGGAAUCAAAGCUGUCAGAAUAAUCGCCCUCCCUAUCCACAGACAAAAGGGGGUUUAACUCUGUGGGUCCCAGAGCAGUGAGCCGUUUACUGUCAGGAUACUGGCACACUGAGCUCGGACAGAGUCUAGAGGGGGUAUUACUGCGUUAUUCACAGAUUAUAUGCCUGGCCGCAAUUAAAAUUUGCCUGUUCUGCCUCUAUCUCUUUCAUACAGUGAUAUCACACACCAUGAGGAUGUAACUGGACCUCAGUGAUUGCACUGGAUUAUUAAGGAGACGGACAGUACAGACAGCAGUCAACAUUUUGUUUGUAGAGUGGCAGUGAAUAAGCAGGAAGGAUGCAGUGUGGUGUGAUGCUGUGUGUCCUGCUGCUGAUACUGUCCUCUAGUGCUAGAAACCAGAACAGAAGAAAAAACAGACAGAAGCCAGACAACAGUGUCAUGCAGAAUGAAGUCAAAACUCUGUUCUGUCCAGUGGAGUUGGCAUUUUUAGUGGACAGUUCAGAGAAAGCCAAAAUGCUUCUGUUUGAGAGGCAGAGGGAGUUCGUGUUGCGCUUCAGCACCAGGCUGAUGCAGCUCCAGGUGUCGGGCUGGCGUAUGCGGGUGAGACUUGCUCUCCUGCAGUACAGCAGCACUGUCUCAGUAGAGCACAACUUCCGCGACUGGCAGGACAUUGACGUAUUCCACAGCCAAGUGGAUGCCAUGACUUACAUUGGCCAUGGCACUUACUCAGCUUACGCCAUCUCAAACGCCACUCAGCUCUUUACCCGCGAGACGUCGCCCAGCAGCCUAAGAGCAGCACUUCUGUUGACGGAAGGGGUGGACCACCCGCGCAGCCCCAGUGCUGUGAGUGCAGCCACAGAUGCCAAGAACCACAACAUCCGUAUGUUUGUCAUUGGGCUGUCGGAAUCCACACGAGAUGAGCAGGACAAUGGUAGACUGAGGUCCAUCGCCAGCGCACCACCUCAGCAGCACCUGUUCAGCCUCACUGACCCACAGCUGGAUGACAAGCUCUUCAGGGAACUGAGUGAACUUGCGAACACAUUUUGUCCACAACCCAAAUCUUGUCAGUGUGAAAAAGGAGAGAGAGGUCCUCCUGGAAAUCCAGGUAAACCAGGCGAUCCAGGAUUUGAUGGGCCUCCUGGUCCUAAAGGAUCUAAAGGAGAGGCAGGUUUAAAUGGACGUCCAGGAUUAGAGGGUCUAAGGGGAAGACCAGGAUCAAAAGGAGGAAAGGGCGGGAAAGGAGAAUGUGGCACUCCAGGGACGAAAGGAGAUCAAGGCCCGGAUGGACCUCCGGGACCACGUGGACCACGAGGAGAUCAGGGACUGAGUGGAAACCCAGGCGACUCUGGCCCUGAGGGCCCCAUCGGACUUAAAGGUGAGCGAGGACCUAGCGGACCCCCCGGCCCUCCAGGGGACCCAGGGGUUGGGUUUCCUGGUGCAAAGGGGGAAAGAGGUGGCCAAGGCAGACCUGGGCCGACUGGGCCAGUUGGUAUUGGAGAGCCAGGACUGCCUGGCCCACCAGGACCUCCAGGAGUUCAAGGCAACCAAGGGUUUCCCGGAGAGGGUUUACCAGGACCAAAGGGUGACAGAGGAUUUGAGGGUCCUAAGGGUGGACGUGGACCUCCUGGGAUUAGCAUCAAGGGUGAUAAGGGUAACACAGGGGAAGUGGGUUUGCCUGGACUGAUGGGAUUUCCAGGAGCUGGGCUCCAGGGUGAAAAGGGAGACCCAGGACCCAUAGGACCACCUGGCCCAAGAGGCCCUCCUGGAGUAGGCACUGUGGGCAUUAAGGGUGAUCAGGGCUUUCCAGGAGAACCUGGACCACAAGGUGAGAGAGGAAUGGGAGAACCAGGACCAAAAGGAGAACCAGGCCCAGACGGAGCACCUGGUAUUCCUGGUAUCCCAGGUGAAGAUGGAUCUGUGGGUCCAAAGGGUGAGGUGGGUUUACCUGGUGCUCGAGGUCCAGAGGGCUCAGCCGGGAGAGGUAUUCCUGGUGAGAAAGGGAGCAGAGGGGACAGAGGAUCUCGGGGUCUCCCAGGAAGUGCAGGAGCAGCAGGACCCCCGGGGGCCAAGGGAGAACCAGGAAGUUUAGGUAUGAUGGGUUUACGAGGACCUCCAGGUCGAGGAUUACCUGGUUCAAAGGGAGAGCCAGGACCUGCAGGCCCCUCAGGUCCUGUUGGAGAGCCAGGUGUCGGGACCACAGGCCCUAAGGGUGACAGAGGAAGUCCAGGACCAGUGGGGCCACAAGGAAUGAAAGGGGAGGGUUACCCCGGACCACAGGGGCUUCCAGGAUUGCCUGGACUGCCAGGUGAAGUUGGACCUGAAGGACAAGGAAUUCCUGGACCAAAGGGAGACCGGGGCUCACCUGGAGCGACCGGCCCUUCAGGGCCUCCAGGGAUUGGACUGAUGGGACAAAAGGGUGCAGUUGGCCAGCCUGGUGCUCCUGGUCUUCCAGGACCUCCAGGAGAGGGAAUUCAGGGUCCCAAGGGAGAUCCUGGGUUUCAAGGGCCCCCUGGCCCUAGAGGGCCUCCAGGUGAUGGCCUGCCUGGAGAGAAGGGUGACAGGGGCCUUGCAGGGGAACGUGGGAGAAAAGGAGAGGGAGGAGAACAUGGAAUGCCUGGACAAACAGGAGCCAAGGGAAAACCAGGAGAAAAGGGAGAGCCAGGCCUAUCUAGAGACCAGGUGAUCAGAAUAAUCCGGGAAAUAUGUGGGUGUGGUCUGAAAUGCAGGACGAGUCCUCUGGAGUUGAUCUUUAUCAUCGACGGCUCAGAGAGUAUAGGUCCGGAGAACUUUGAGCUGGUGAAGGAAUUCGUGAACACUCUGAUCGAUCGCAUGUCGGUGAGCCAUGAAGCCACAAAUGUUGGUGUGGUGCUCUUCAGUCACAUGGAUGUGGUGGUGACCAGCCUACAACAGCUGUCCAACCAUGCGAGUAUUAAAGCUGCUGUGCGCAGGAUGCCGUACCUGGGCGAGGGCACUUUCACGGGUAGUGCUGUCCGCCGGGCCACUCAGCUCUUCCGAGAUGCAUGGCAGGGUACAAGAAAGAUUGCGGUCGUACUGACAGACGGUCUGGCUGACAAGCGGGAUUCAGUGAGGCUGAAAGAUGCCGCGGAAGAGGCUCACAAUGCUGGGAUUGAAAUCUUCGUAGUUGGCAUCAUGAAAAGCAGUGAUGCCCAGUAUACAGAGUUUAAGAAUGAGAUGAACAUUUUGGCAUCUGAUCCUGAUGAAAAUUAUGUCUACUUGAUUGAUGACUUCAUGAGCCUGCACACACUGGAGAGUAAACUGCUGAGUCAGAUCUGUGAGAGUGUUGAUGGACCGCUCUUCAGUCUGAAUGGAAAAACAUUCCCUCCAUUUGAGCCUGAGCCAGUUCCAGACAGAACUGAGGCUCCCACCAGGAGUUAUUUCAUCACAGAUGACAAAGAGGAUGCACUUCCAACAGAGUUUGAGACCACUUCUUCUCCAGAUGACUAUGACGACAUGCAUAUUAACAACAACUGGUCGCCCUUUGUUGAUGAGUCUUUAAAUGAGCUUCCUAAGGUGACAGAUGCCCCAGUUGGAGAUAAGACGAGACAAUCCUCCAUCUCAGUAGUGGGACCCCAAACACCCAUAAACUGGCGGCCUGUUUCAGAAAUCAGCCCACCACCACAGACUCUACCUCCACCGGCCCCUCAGCCUAACGAUUUCAUGAAAGAGGUAGGCUGUAGUCAGGGAUUGGAUCCUGGGCCAUGUCGGGAGUACAGGGUGAUGUGGUACUAUGAUCCGGAGGCCAACGCAUGCGCUCAGUUCUGGUAUGGUGGCUGCCAAGGCAACAGCAACCGCUUUGAGACCGAAGACCUUUGUCAAAACGUUUGUGUACAGACAUAACAUACCCUCACACUGAAGCACUGGCUUUCAUUCAGCAGAUUCACGACUUUGCAAUCAUGCACUAUGCAGAUACAUUUUCAUUGUCGUACAUGUUUUAUGAGAAGAGUAAGGAUUCCUGCUACACUGACUGUAGAUCAGAUUUGUCCUUUGGGCCAACACUAAUUUAAAUAUUGUUUACUAGACUAGUGCUGCUCCAUUUUCUAGAAAAUAACAUGUAUAUUCAAAGUACCACAUUUUUCCCUAGUCGCACUGAAUGUUUUACAAAUUUCUUUAUUUUUAAUAUUCCUUCCAUUGAAUAGAUUUCUGUUAAUUGUGAUUUCGGUUAAAGGAAUAGUUCACCAAAAAAUGAGAAUUUGCUGAAAAUGUACUCAUCCAUCAGGCCAUCCAAGAUGUAGAUGAGUUUGUUUCUUCAAAUGUAGCGUUACAUCACUUGCUCAACAGUGG